UUGGAAUUGUUUGUAAAACUUUAAUUGUUAUCCUCUUAAAUGGGCAAAACAUGGUUAUUUCCAAUCAUUACAAAUUAACAUUAACAAAAUAAACAAGAAAACAUCUAACCAACAUAAUCACAUAAAAAGUUAUUCAUACAAACCAAAUUAAUUACAGCAAAGAAAGACGACACUUUACAUUCACAUUCUCUUCAUAAAAUUCUAUGUAUAAAAUGCUCCAAUCCCCAAAUUUAGCCCAACUCUUCUUGUCCCUCUAAAAUACAUAACUGUCAAAAAAACAAACAAAACCUCAUCCUUCUAAACAACCAUGCAUUCUCAACUUAUUUUCCUCUUCCUUACAUUCUUCCUCCACCAUACACACUCCUUCCCCACCUCUGCCGCCACUCCGCCCGCCACCGCCACUUCUUUCGACUUCAUUCGAUCGAGUUGCAACACCACCCUCUACCCCGACGUAUGCUACACCUCCCUCUCCCGCUACGCCAAUGCAGUGCGUCUCGACCCGGCCCAACUAGCCCGUAUCUCCAUCGGGCUCACUCUAGGCCGGGCCCGCCACGCCUCCGCCUUCUUCACCAACACGACCCAACGGGCCGACUACGGGCCUGACCCGCGGGCCACCUCCGCCCUCCGUGACUGCUCCUCCACCUUCGGAGACGCCGUUGACCAAAUACAUAAAUCACUCAAGGAGAUGAGCCAGGUAGCUUCGGCUGUCGAGUCCUCCUCGGCCGAGGCAGUAAGGUUCCAGCUCAGUAAUGUCCAGACGUGGAUGAGCGCGGCUCUAACCAAUGAGGAUACGUGCACGGACGGAUUCGAGGACGUCGGGGAGUGUCCGGUGAAAGAUGAAGUGUUUGACAAGGUAGUGAUUGUGAAGGAGUACACUAGUAAUGCGCUUGCUUUGGUUAAUAGUUUUGCAGCCUCCGUGAACACAAGAUGAUGAAAAUAAGAUUGAACAUUUGGAGGUUGUUAUUGUACGUUGGAAAUCCACAGGAUUAUAAUUGUAACGAACUCGUGACUUUGUGUUGUCGUGUUAUUUAAUCUCAUUAAUAUGUGUGAAAGAGUCUUGGAAUAUACUACCGUACCAACAGUGGCAUACAACUUAGUAGUGAGUAUUUGUUUGUGUAUGUGGGUGAAUGCAUAGAAGCCUAGAAGGUUUUAUUAUAAGAAGAGGUGUCAAUUCUAGUCAUAUGUCGGGUUCUGUCAUGUUUAAUUGGGUCGAGUCAUUUUUAAUUUGAGUUUUACUAAAUUAUUACAACUAUUAUAUCCAGUUAAAUUUUAAAUCGGUUCAUUUUGAAUUAGAUCAAAGUAUUUUAACAUCAAUUGAUGAUUUUUGACA